GUCCCGACAGGCUUUUGUCGGGACUCUGGACAUUAACUUCAAAAUCAGGACUGUCCCGGUUAAACCGGGACGUCUGGUCACCCUAUUCUAACAGCAAUAUGCGAGCCUUUUUCAAAAGUCGAUUGGAUGAGUUUCAAGGAGAAGAUGAUCUGCAGCAUCCUGCUGCUCAUCAUCCUGACCUCCUGUGUCUCUGGAACAUUUGUAGUGAAUGUGACCCAGACCUCCUAUCAGGCAGAGGAGAACCACCACAUCACACUGGAGUGGACCUUCACAACCAACCCUCACACUUCCUCCAACUCUCUUAAUAUCUUCUGUGAACUGUUAAUUGAUCUCAGGAAUCCAGUCCUGUUUCAUCUCCAUGAAGGAGUUGAGGUCCCAGAGUCUCAGGAUGAACAGUUUGCAGGACGAGUCCAGUGGGACAAAGACGUCCUCAGAGAAGGACGACUCAGACUUCAUGUGUCCAGACUCAGGACUGAAGACUCAGGACUGUACCUGUGUGAUGUGCUCACAAGUUAUGGGAGUAACUCUGGUAGAUGUCGGCUCAAUGUCACUGCGAGGGAUCGGCCUGAACCUGAGACACCAAACACAACAAGUCCACCAAACACAACAAGUCCACCACAACCAGAGAGUCGGGGAUGGAUCGGUCUCUACUGUGGACUGACAGCAGCAGUUCUGCUGGUUGGUUGUUUCUAUUCAUUCAAAACGUUCUGCAGAGAGAACCAGAUUCCCAUCCGGUGAAUAUAAGUUACAGAUCAGCAGAUGAUGGUUUAGAGUUUAAUCAUUAACAACUGAGGCAAAACUGUUACAAUGAACUGUUUAUAUCACAGACACAAAGAAAAUACUAGUUUCUCAUUGGCAGCUAAUAUAACAGCAGGUAACCAUAGCAACGUUGAUGUUUCCCACACAUGAAAAUCAGCUAAAUGAACACAAACAACCUGUAAAAGGUGAUGACUGAAACACAUUCAUGAUAUAAAAGUCUAAUUACAGAACUGAUAUACAAAAAUAAUUAUGGAGGAAAACAAUGCCUCGUCACACUGUUAGGGGAGACCGGAGCAAUCAUAACAUAUUUUACAUUUUCCUUCAUAACUCACAGACAACUUGAAAUACUCUCGUCAUCUUUUGAUACAAGAAACAUAUAUAUGUGCUCUAAUUAAUGAUGCAAUUAAUACAUUUAGAGAAACAAGGACAAGACUAUAAUACAUUGAAUGCAAAAAGUCAGUGUUACAAUAGCCCCCAAUCUUAAUGUUACUUAAGAUGUUUUUGUAUUUGGUUCAAAUUCGUUUUUUCUUAUGCAACAGUUACUUCAUAUGCAUGUAUUUUGU